AUGGCUACUGUGGAACUGUGGACCCUUUAUGCAUUCGGUGUCUCUUUCACAAUUUUAAGAACAUACGCUCGAAUAUCCGCUGUAGGCUUUCGCGAACUGCAAGUGGACGAUUAUCUGAUAUGGGUUGCUGUUCUCAUUUACACAGCGCAAUGCAGUCUCGGGUACAAUCUAGGGGUAGUCGCCCACGGUCUCGCGAACAAUGGCAUGACGCCGGAUGUUCGCAGUGCGCUCUCGCAAGAUGAUCCAGAGUACGCUAUGAGAGUCAUCGGAUCCAAAAUUCAAGUAGCUGGUUGGACGACGGCCGCUUGCCUACUUUGGUCACUCAAGUUAUGCGUAGCAUUCUUCUACCUUCGUCUCACGAGCGGCCUCCAGAAAUACACAACACGCAUAUACAUCGCUCUCAGCUCUAUCAUCAUCACCUUCAUCGUCAUCAUCUUUACGAUUUACCUUUCCUGCAGACCGUUCAACCAUUACUGGCAGAUCAGUCCCGAUCCUGGCAAUGUAUGUCAAGCAGCUGUGUCGAAGCCAAUUAUAUGGGUGACGUUUGUGUUCAACGUCUCUACGGAUGUAUACCUGCUGUUGAUACCUAUUCCUAUGUUGUGGAAGUCCAGCUUGAAGCAGUAUAAGAAGGUUGCCGCAACGCUGGUACUUAGUGCUGGCAUGCUGGUCAUUGUUUGCGCGACGCUGAAGAGUAUCUAUGUUAUUGUGGACCCUGUCCAUGGUGGUGAACUCGCAGCCUCAUGGGGUACCCGCGAAACAUUCGUCGCGAUCGUCACGACGAAUUUGCCUAUGAUUUUUCCCCUGCUCAAGAAUUGGCUGGCACCCUUCCUACCAAGUACCAUGGGCUCGAGCAACGCAAAAGCAUACAAGUCGCCAGGGAGCGGUUUUGUGACUAUCGGAGGCGGCACAGGCGGCGGCGCGUCGAAGCAAACCCGAUCGGUGCCGCAUAGUACGCAUCAUAUCUCUGGGAGCUUGACGUUCGAUAAUGAAAGCGAAGAGCACAUUGUGAGGGGAGAAGAUAUGAAGAUGCAUCACUUACAGGGUGCGGCCGGUCAACAACAAGGAAAGAACGUGAUAGUCGUAUCGAACCAAGUCAGCGUUACUUCUGAAGACCGCGAUUGCGCACGGAGCAAUGAGUCGUUCCAGGUUGUCUAG